CAAUGUGAUUCAUAGGUAAGUAAUGGUGCAACAGCGAUGAACUCGUUUCCGCCUCGAACUGCUACGCUUUUGUACGAAUUGGACAAAAAGCUCAUGGUUCUUUUACGUGAUGGUAGAACGCUUAUUGGAUACUUACGAAGCGUUGAUCAAUAUGCUAAUUUAUUGCUUCAGCAAACAGUUGAGCGCAUACAUGUGGGCAAAAAAUUUGGUGAUAUACCCAGAGGUGUGUUUUUGGUCAGAGGAGAAAAUGUCGUUUUACUUGGAGAGAUAGACGCCUUAAAAGAGGCUGAUCAGAUGUUUGAAAGAGUGUCGAUAGGAGACAUUUUAGCGUUACAAAAACAAGAGCAAGAUGCUAAGAUUGAAAAAGCUAAAUCUAUUGAACGGUCUUUGAAGAGAAGAGGUAUGCGAUUUCCUCCAGACCUAGUUCAAGAUGACUUUCUUUGAUAAACAUGAUAAAUUUGCAAAAGUAAACAAUCAACAAAUAGUGAUACUUUAAUGUUUUCCAAUUUUGUAGAUUUGUUAAUUAUUUUAACUUUGAAUUCUAACAAAUUAGUAACUAAAGGCUGUCAAAAUAUUUACAAUUAUAUUUUUUAUUUAAAUAGUAAGAGUAAAAAAUUGUUAGUA